AUGCUUACGUUAACGAUAGCGGCAAAAUCUCUGCCACACAAAACGUGUAACAGAUUAAAAAUUAACGAGCAAUGGUAUGAUAGAGAAAUAAUAAUAUCCAACAUGGGAAGACCUUACAGCUUGCAAGUUCAUAAAUCAACGAACACGCUGUUUUUCAGUUAUUCUGAACCUGAUACGUAUACAGAUACAGAUUUCCAACUUUUUGACAUAAACUUGGCCACAAAAGAACAACACAUCAUAGCUGGAAUAAGAGGAGGAUGUGCAGUAGCAAUAGAUCAAGCGAAUGAUGAUAUCUAUUUGGGCGGUAGUGAUGGCAUUUACAAAUACAAUAUGCUCACAAAGUUAGCUGAUUACUACAAAGAAAAAGGGAAGAACAUUUGGUCUUUGUACUAUAAUCGCAAUUUAUUCUACGUCAGCUAUCCGGAACAGAAACUGCACAUAGAGAUAGAUGGAAAGUUUAUGGCAGUGAAAGAGUUUGGAAAUUUCGAAGUGGAUCUAUUUCACGUUACCGGUAACAAUGAAAUUUAUGUGUUUGCAAACAGAACUGGCCUUUAUACUUAUGAUAGCAAUACGUUCACUGUCCACAUACUCAGCGAAUUUCUUUCCGUUAGACAAAUCACUGAAGAUAAUGAAGGAACGAUAUACAUUUGUACCAACAUCGGCAUUUUCACUUAUAUCUACAAAAGCAGGGAUUUGAUACAAAUUGUCGAUUUGAAAAAUGUGUACGGUUUAGCGUUUGACAAAGAUAAUCAGUUUGUGUUCUCUGACGAGAAAAAUGUCGUGUUACUUAAACAUAGUGAAUAUGGCUGUAUAACUAAUGAUAAUAAUUGGUGA